AUGGCGACAACGAAAUGGUCUAAGUUUGCUUCAGUUACACUUGCAUGGGAACUCGUACAUGCUGUGGAUGGAUUUCACCACGCGAUUUCGGAAACCCGACGACCAAAGCAGAAAAAAUGCCGCGCUGGUCACGACAGUGGUUUCCUUGCCACACUCAAUUACAUGACAUCACAGAGCGUGAAGUGUCCAGCAGGAGAGACCUUUUUCGACGUACACGGUCAAUUGCAAUUCGUCACCGAGCCACGCCUCCAGAAUGAUGUCUCACAAGGAAAACAUCGCCGAUCGGAAGAAAAAGGAAUCGUAUCGUUCACCCGCGACAUCGGAAACUCAAUUAUUGGCAAAAUGGCCACCAUUUGGACA